AUGGAAAAAGGAUUCCAUCCAAGCAAAAAGUGCUUCUACGGGUGGUGCCUUGAUUGUCGCUCUCGUUACAAGUUAGGAAAGCAUAUUGUCAAGGCAACACAAGAUGUUCAGAAUCACAAGGCGCAGACAAAUAGCUUUGGUGAAAUUGCUGUCCCUCCCCUGCGAGAAACAGCGCCAACAAUGGGCACCCCUCGAUCGGGUAUGGCUAUUGGAAGCGAAGACUGGAAUAUCUGGCAUUUGGGUCCUCUGGCUAAUGAUUGUCAUUAUAUUGCGAAUGACUGUCUUGCACAGUGUGGAGUUGUUAAGGUGGGCCCAUGGGGUGAAUUAAAACCACAAAAUUUACGGGAUAUCGAGGGCAUCCCCACACGACUUACCAAAAUCAUAAUUCGUUAUAGCGGAUGUAUCGAGUCGAUUAACUUCCAGUACGUGGCCGAUGGGGUGGCCAAAUGGUCUUCCACCUGGGGCAGUGAAUCCGGAUCCAUGGCUGAGAUCGAUCUUGGAAUCAAUCAUUACCUUACAGCUAUAUCCGGCUAUUACGGCAAUUAUUAUGGCUACAUCGUCAUAAGGUCACUUACAUUUAUGAACCAUGGGCCAUACGGUCCAGAGGAAGGAACUGCUUUCUCCCUUCCUGUGAAAGCUGGGAAAGUUGUUGCCUUCUUUGGACGUGCAGGUCAAUGGCUUGAUGCUCUUGGGUUCUACUUGAAGCCCACUUCGGUCUAGUUUUUCAAGAUUAGCUGUGGAUGUCUACUUAUAUAUGAUCACAUUGUAAUGACUAAUGGAGGUGCUAUCUUCAGGCUCUAUUGUUGUCUUGUUGAUC